GCGUAGGGAGCAUUGUAAGCGAUGUGUUGUAGACUGUGUAGUGCGCUUAGGCAGGGAGCUAGAAUAGGUUUGGCACGGAACCUGAUUUAUUCUCGUCCUCAGCUCACUUCCGGCUUGUUGUGAGUGAGCGAGUUGGGAGUGAAUUUUGACUUGUUAGUGUGUGUGAGUGUGAAAUAGUGUGUAUUUGUGUUUGAGAGGAAAUACAGUGCGGAGUGUGUGAAGCUUCAACAGUCAUGGCUGAUUUCUCGUUAGCUGAUGCGAUAGGGGAUGAUGCCCCGAGUCAAGCAUCAAAAACUGCACAUGGGAAGCCGUCAGCCCCUACAGCCCCAGCUGCCCCCUCAUGGCCUGGUGCACCCCCUGCAGGCCCAGCUGCCCCCGCGUGGCCCGGUGCGACCCCAGCUGCCCCUGCAGGCCCAGCUGCCCCUGCAUGGCCCGGAUCGACCCCAGCUGCCUCUGCAUGGCCCGGAUCGACCCCAGCUGCCCCUGCUGGCCCAGCUGCCCCUGCAUGGCCUGGAGCGCCCCCUGCUGUACCUGGUGCCCCCGCUGCUCCUUCUUGGCCUGGGGCACCCCCGGCCGGCCCCACUGGCCCUGCUGCCCCUGCGUGGCCUGGUGUAGCCCCAGGUGGUCCAAACUUGCCCCCCUCUGGAGGUCCAGGCGCUCCUCCCCCUGCCCCAGGAGCUCCAGGCCAGUUUCCCAGCAUGCCAUCUGCCCCGGGCGGAUACCCCUCCGGCCCUGGGAUGCCAGGACAGUUUCCUGCUGCACCGGGGCAGUUUCCUGGAAUGUACCCCUCUCCUCCUGGGGCUCCUCAGGCUCCCUACCCUAACAUGCCCUACCAAGGGAACAUGUAUGGCCCAGGAGGCCCCGCCCCUUUUCCUCCUGCCACAGGGUUUUCUGGAGGAGUGUUCCCACCGGUGCCCCAUGGCUCAUGGGGACCGCCCACAGGCCCACCCACAGGACCCUAUGGAGGUCCCCCUGCUCCGGGAGGAAUGCUGCCAGUACCAUAUGAUCUGCCGCUCCAUGCUGGAAUUAUGCCACGUCUUCUGAUCACGAUAGUGGGAGAACCUGUACCUGGAGGAGAGAGGUUUCAGGUGGAUUUCAUGAAGGGUUCAGAUGUAGUUUUCCACUUUAACCCUCGGUUCUCUGAGCAGACCAUUGUCAGGAACUCCAACCUGUCUGGCUACUGGGGUCCAGAGGAGAGGGAGGGGGGAUUUCCCUUCGUCCAGGGACGACAGUUUGAGCUGAAGAUCCUGGUGGAUGAGGAUGUGUAUAAAGUGGCAGUAGAUGGAGUUCAUGUUCUGGAGUAUGAACACCGAGCAGGAGGAAUGGAGCAGGUCACACUGCUGAGGGUGUACGGAGAUGUGACCUUAUACAGCGUCGCUCCGUCCAUCAUCUAACUCGCACACACACACACACACACACACACACACACACACACACACACACACACACACUGUCUCUGUCUCUCUCACACACACACAUACA